AUGUUUGGAAAAAUCAUAAUUUCUACAAUUAUCAUUGUGAUUCUAUCUUCUUUCGUCUUUAUUUACCAAAGCAUCCCAGAUUACAAAGGAGAGUGGUCAUCCCAACAUAUAAACAAUGAUGUUAAGAUAUUUAGAGAUAAAAUAUUUGGUAUCCCCCACAUCCAUGCCAAGUCUCUAAAAGAAGGAUAUUAUGGACUAGGAUUUGUACAUGCCUAAGACAGAUUGUGGUAAUUACAUUUAAGAAGAAUGUCAUCAUAAGGUAGAUUAAGUGAGAUCUUUGGAUAUCGCUAAGAUGUUUUGAAUAUUGACAAAUAUGUUAGAAAUCUUGGAUACCUUGAAUCCUGUAAAAGAAUAGUAGAAAAACUAAGUGAAGAAGCAAGAGCCCAUUUACAAUCAUAUGCUGAUGGAAUAAAUGAUGGAGUGAAAUCAUUAUAAAUUCUACCAAUUGAGUUUAAAAUAGUGGGAGCAUAAUUUCAAGAUUGGUAGAUAUUUGACACAGUUGCAUUCAUUAAGUUAAUGUCCUUACUUAAUGUAAAUGAUAUGUUUCAUGAAUUUAUGAGAUCAAAAUUUGAUGAGUUAUACGGAAGAGAACUUGCAAACAUACUAGGUUCAGUUGGACCACAUAACUAGUUUGAUUCAGAUGUUACAGAAGUUUAAGUAAAUGAAUGGAUUUAAUUUAUGCAAACACAUAAUGUGUCAUACAAUUAAAAAUUUUAAUAGAGUUUUAAUCAUACAAAUAAUAAUAAUAGUAAAAAUUCAAAUACAUCAAAAUACAAUUUAACAGAUAUUUUAUAAUCAAUACCAGAAUAUUACUCAAAUUAUAUAUUUCCAACUCUCAAGGCAUCUAAUGCUUGGGUUAUAAGUGGAAAACAUACCAAAAGUGGAAAACCUCAUUUAGCAAAUGAUCCUCAUUUAGAUAAUAAUAUUCCAUCUUAAUGGUAUUAGGCUGAAAUCUAUUUCGAGAUGGAAAAUCAAGAAUAUAACUUCAUCAUAGGCGGAACACUACCUGGAUUACCAAUGUGUAUGAGUGGAAGAAGCAAGUAUUUGGGCUGGGGAUUGACUACUUUGUAUUCCGAUGGAGGAGACAUAUAUGAAGAGGAAAUAAUUAUUAAAGAUGAUGAUAAGUUAUUCUACAAAUUUGAUAAUGAAUGGAUUCCUUGUAAUAAAACAGUUGAAAUUAUUAAAAUUAAAGGGUAAGAAGAUCAAUCUAUCACUAUUUUUCAUACUCAUCAUGGUCCAAUUAUGUAAUAUUAUAUUGAGAACAAUAAAUUAAGGGACCAUAAUGGACAUUUUUAUUCAUUAUAAUCUAUAGUUCAUAUAGAUGACUAUGAAUCCUUUGAUGGGUUUAUUAAAUUUGCUUAAGGGAAGGAUUUAAAGCAAAGCAUGGAACUAUUGAAAAAUAUCUGUUAUCCUAACAAUGGAAUGGUAUUCAUUAGUCAUGACAAUCAUAUUGGUUAUCUAUCAACAGGAAGAUUAGUCAUAAAAGAGGGACAUCCAGAUGAAAAUGCAUAUGUAAAAAAAAACAAUAAAGAAUGGAUCAGAUAUGUUCCAUAUUCAGAAAUUCCUAUGAUUAUUGAUCCUGAAAAAGGAUAUAUUGUUGUUGCAAAUAACAAAUUUAUUCCAGAUAAUGAACUAAGUUGGAAUUCACAACCAACAAGUAGAGGAAGAAGAAUAAAUGAUUUAAUCAAUGAAAUGAUCAAUAAAGGAUAGAAAUUUUCAAUUUUAGACCACAUAAAAAUCUAAUCAGAUACCUACGAUAGUUAUGCUUGUAAUACUAAAAAUGAAUUAAUUUAAUUGCUUAAAUAAUAUGAUAAAGAGAAAGAAUUAAUAAAUGAAAUUGUAAUAUUAGAAAAUUGGACUUGUAAAUGGGACUCAUAUUCUUCAGGUGCCUUAUUAUAUGGAGUAUUUGAAUAUUUUUAUUCAUAUAAAUUUCACUCUCAAUUAGAUUAGGCUGUAAUCAAAUAAUGGAAUAAUUUUUACAUUUUUGAUUCAUUCCACUUUAAAAAUCUGAUUGAUAUGAGUAAGGCACAACCUAAUGACUAAAUUUUGAAUUAGCCAUAUUGCAAUGGUUCUGCUCAAGAUAAAUGUGCUUAAAAUUUGGUUGAUUCUUUAAGAGAAGCCAGAUAAUAUAUACAUGAAAAAUUUGGAAAUCAAACCAAAGAAUGGAAAUGGGAAUCAUUACAUAAUUAAUUCUUUCCACAUGCAUUUUCAAAAACACCUUUCGCUUUUAUUUUUGAAAGGAGAAUACCUUAUCACUCAAAUAGAAGAUCUGUGGCAGUGUCAUAAUAUGAGUUAGAUGGAUCAUUUGAAGGUAAAACAGGAUCAAAUUAUAAAUAAAUUAUAUCGAUGGAUUCUGAAGAAUCCAAUUUCUUUGUAAUUGAUACAGGGAUAAGUGGUAAUCCUUUUAGUAAAUUGUACACUAAUCAAAUGGAUAUUUGGAAAUAAAACAAGUAUGUCAAAAUGAUGUUUGGUAAUAGAACAGAUUAUGAUUUGUUAUAUGUUAUACAUCCAAAUUGA